GUUGGGGCCUUCGCGGCGACAGAAUGCCACCGCCCCUAUAAAGCCGGUUCAAUUUUUUCUAAGGGUUUGACGCCCUCGUGGAUUUCACGUAAAUAAAUAAAUUCGAUUAGGGUUCUCAAAUUUUGUUGAUUGGGUACUUUAUAGUUUGCUCAUCGCUGGUGAAAUUUAAAAAAAAGGCAAGUGACUUUUUGAGAACAUACUGCGGUUGAAGUGGAAUUUGGGGCAACUUUUGUGAUUGUGCUGGUUGGAUUUUAUUAGUGGUUUUGGAGCUCUAAAAAUGAACAAUGAAGAAAAAACACAAUCUGCCAGUGGACUACCUAAGGAAAUCGCCAUCCUCCUGGCCUAUAUACAGCCUCGUAGGCACUGUGGCUGUUGCGUGUUACUUGAACGGUAUCGACGGUGAUUUUGUACACGAUGACAUUCCAGCAGUGACUUUGAACAAAGACGUGUUGGCAGUGAACACUGUGAAAAGUGUUUUCGAAAAUGAUUUUUGGGGUACACCGAUGGCUGAUGAGAAUAGUCAUAAAAGUUAUAGGCCUUUGACUAUUUUGACUUUCAGGGCUAAUUACCUAUGGUUCGGCCUCUCACCAGUAGCGUUCCAUCUAACGAAUGUGGCCCUACACGCAUUGGCGUGCCUAUUAUUCACAAGGGUAUGCUUGAAGGUGGCGGGUCUCAAACCACCUUUUGCCACAUUAGCAGGCCUAAUAUUUGGCGUUCAUCCGAUACAUACAGAAGCGGUUACUGGAAUUGUAGGUAGAGCAGAUGUACUCGCCUGUGUCUUUUUUCUCUUAUCACUGCUGGCCUAUCAUGGGCAUUCUUCAGAAGGUCGAUGUCAUGUAUGGACUAGUGUGAUUAUGGGUGCUAUAAGUAUGCUUGCCAAAGAAACGGGAAUAAUGGUCUUUCUGUUGAAUUUAGGAUUCGAUUUUUACUUGCAAUGGCCAAAUAUUAAAAGAACAUUUACCGUGGUUCGAUGGAAUCCGGAAACUUUGGAGUUUUGUUCCAGGGCUACAAAAGUGCUGAUCUCGACUGGUAUAUUGCUAGCACUUCGACUGGCGAUAUUACAAGGCUCUCUGCCAAGUUUCAGUGAACAGGACAAUCCAGCUGCAUUUCAUAGUUCCAUAUACGUGAGGUUUCUAACAUUUUGCUAUCUGGCAGCGUUUAACUUGUGGUUGAUUUUGUGCCCAGCAACAUUAUCACAUGAUUGGCAAAUGGGUUCAGUACCACUAGUAACGUCUAUCGGUGAUUUUAGGAAUUUUGUUACUUGUCUGUUCUUUGGGCUGAUAUUUUUGUUGAUAUUAAAAAGUAUUGCGGACUUUGAGAAUCUACGUCAUCCGCCAUUGAUAAUGGGCAUUUUACUUUUGGUGUUGCCGUUUUUGCCCGCAUCAAACCUUUUUAUAACUGUGGGAUUUGUAAUAGCAGAACGAGUUUUGUAUAUACCCAGCUUGGGUUGUAUUCUUCUAGUAGUCUAUGGGGUUCAAAUUCUAUGGAGCAAUUGUUCAAAACACAGACAAAGUAUAUUGUGUUUUAUUAUUUUGAUUUUUGUUGGUAGCUCUUUGAGGACAGUGAUAAGGAAUAAAGAUUGGAAGUCGAGGGAAUCGUUGCUGCGGUCCGGACUUCAAACGUUACCUCACAAUGCUAAAAUGCAUUAUAACUAUGCCAAUUUUCUUCGUGAUUCUUCGUUGCCAGAUUUAGCUAAAUCACACUACUACAUGGCAUUAAAGCUUUGGCCAACAUACGCCAGUGCUCAUAAUAACUUAGGAACAAUUUUGGAAAAUAAUUAUGAAGCUGAAAAGCAUUUUCUUGCAGCCAUUAAGUAUGCCUCCAAUCACGUUAAUGCCCAUUUCAAUCUUGGACAACUAUACAGAAAGAACAACAAAACUAAAGAAUCUGAACAAAUGUUAGAAAAAUGCAUUAAUUUAGAACCAAACUUCACUCCUGCCUAUUUGGAGCUAGUAAAAUUGAGGGGCUUCAAUCACAAAACAAUUUCGGGACUUUUAAGAAAAGUAGUAGAAAUUAAUCCAGGAGAUCCUUAUUAUGCUUUUAAAUAUGGAGAAUGGCUAUCUAGGAAAGGUAUCCAUUCGGAAAGUUUAAAAUUCUAUUGGACGUCCCUUAGAACAUGUGCCACUUAUCGAGAUGCUUCAAUUGGGGUUUUCAGACACCUGAGAAAUUUCGGACAGAAAGCCAGGAUUUUUCAGUUAUUGACUAGAUGGCACUAUUUACUAAGAAAAAAGGGCAACCACUCGAAACAGAACCUCUAUCUUCGAGAGUGGCAACUGAAAAACGAGCUAAGCUACAAAAUUAAAGCCUAUUCAAUGAAGCCCAAUGAAAAAAAUUAUUCGUUAGAUACAUUUCAAAAUAAAUGGAGAUUGCAGAAAAAUAAAACAAGUAACCCAAACGAGAAAAAUCGCAAAAAAGAAAUGUCAAAUAAAUUAAGACAUAACAGCGAAAAAACCUUUUCAAAAAUUGAUUUAUUAACUUAUUGUUAAGAAAUACUCAAUACUUACUAUAGAAAACCGUUUAAAUGGGUUUGAAGAUUAAAGGUAAAAAAAAAUAAAAUAUAUUGAAAUAAUUUACAGGGUGUUAGCUUUUUGGCAAUAUUGAAAAAUACGAAAAACCUAUUUAAUAAUGGCAAUAAUGCCACCUGACUACAAUAAUAUAAUAUAGAAUUAAUUGCUAUCAGUAUUAUUAAAUUAAAAAUACUUAUAUGAAAAGUUCAAUAAGUGCUUUUUAAGUAGUAGAAUGUUUGUGAAUGUUAUUGUUAAGAUUUUAUGAAUACUAUUAUAUUAUUUUCUAAAAUUAUUUGAAAAAUCACUCACCAUUUCAUUUUAGAUUAUGGAAUUGAAGUUUUGAAUUGAAUUGUUGAGUUUAUGUUUUAGUAAUCUUAUUCAAUAAUAAUUAGGCCUCAAAAAAUAACUACUUUAUCAAUUAGACAUUUUUUUAAUGAAAAGAAAAUAGGCAAAAUUGUAAACGUAUUUUUGAUAAAUAUCAGAUAAGUAAUGCUAUACUAAUACAAUUAAAUAAGUAUUUAUCAAGCAUUUCAAAUUAAGGUUUCUGAAGUAAAAAAGACAUGCAUACAGUUUCAGUUUCCUGUAUGAUGACGACAUACGAAAUUUAUAAUCGCGGGGCCAUGAAAAAAUAUACUUCAAAAACUACAAUAAACGUAUUUCUUUUUGGCCGAUUUCAAAAAUCAAUAUUGUAAUCAUUUUU